AUGCAAAGUAUUCCUGCAUCUUUGAGGAAUUUAGAAUCCCAACUAGGCCAUUUAGCAAAAACUUUGAAUAGCAGACCCCCUGGUACUUUGCCUAGUAACACUGAAGAGCCUAGGAGGAAUAAUGAGCAAUGUCACAUGAUAGAGCUUAGGAAUGGCAAAUAUGUGAAUCAGCCAGAAGCUGUGGAAAUUCAGACCCCAAUAAACCCAUCUUUAGGGAAUAUUUCCAUGGAAAAAUCCAUUCCAAAAAGUCAGGCAUCAAAGCCAAGUAUUGAGACACCUGCUGCCUCAAAUAAACUUCCACCACCUUUUCCCCAAAGGUUGCAAAAACAGAGGCAAGACAAUCAAUUUAGGAAAUUUUUAGACCUCCUAAAACAGUUGCAUGUCAACAUUCCAUUCGUGGAUGCAUUAGAACAAAUGCCCACUUAUGUGAAAUUCAUGAAAGAAAUUCUUUCAAGAAAAAAGAGGCCAGAAGAGUUUGAGACUGUUGCUCUUACACAAGAGAGCAGUCAAUAUUUGCUUAGCAAGAUACCUCCCAAAUUAGGAGAUCCAGGAAGUUUUACAAUCCCAUGCACCAUAGGAGACCAUUACAUAAGCAGAGCAUUGUGUGAUUUAGGUGCUAGUAUCAAUUUAAUGCCUCUGAGUGUGUACAAAAAGCUGAAAGUAGGAGAGCCUAAUCCUACCACUGUAACUUUACAGUUGGCUGAUAGGUCCCUGGUUUAUCCUGAAGGGAAGGUAGAGAAUGUCUUGGUAAAGGUAGAUAAAUUUAUUCUACCUGCUGAUUUUAUUAUUUUGGAUUAUGAGGAAGACCGAGAGAUGCCUAUAAUUUUAGGAAGGGCUUUCUUAGCCACUGAUGGGGCUGUGAUAGAUGUAAAAGAGGGUGAAUUGGCCAUGAAUGUGAAUGGUGAGCAAGUAAAAUUCAAUAUUUUGAAGGCCAUGAAAUACCCAAGAGACAGAGGAGUGUUCUAG